AUGCAUAAAAAAUCUACACCAAAAUUCGAGUGUAUGCUUGCUAUUAAUGAUACUAUAGAAGCUACUAUUAUUCUCCAGGAGAAGUUGACAAAACACAUUAAAGAUAAUCCAAACAUUGUUAAAACACCUGACAUAUUGUUUGCAAAGCUGAAGUUCACAGAAGAGGAGAUAACCACAGUUAACAAUAUCACCCUGAAAGAAUGGCAAUGCAAGGAAUGGUAUGUUCAGAAAGCAGGAUUUAUUACAGCAUCGAAGUGCAAGCAAAUUUAUACUAGUCAAGGAACCAUUGAGAAAAACACUGGUAAAAACAUUGAUGUCAGUUCCCUGGUUAAGAAUAUUGUUCAACCAAAGAUUAUUCACAUAAAAGAACAAAAACAACACCACAAGGAAGCACAAAAUGCUAGAGAUUGGGGAGUGUUCCAUGGGCACAGUCUUCAUAAUGCAUAUUUCAGAGUUGAAAGACACAAACACCAUUCCUAA